AUGCAGCUGCUGGGGCUCCUCUGCCUCCUCUGGAUGCUCAAGGCCUCCCCAGGGGCCACAGGAACUGUAUCUACGGCCACAUCCAUCUCUCACAUACGUUUCCCCAGGGCGGAAGGCAGCUCAAGGGCCAGCUCAAAGUACCUCCACACUCCAGAGACCUGCUGGGCGGCCACCGGUGUCCCCAGCCUGCCUCCUGCUCCUGGGCCAGGGAAAAUGUACUUCAUGAUGCUCAAGUACCUCCCACAUGACACACUCAUCUCAACACUGCUCACCUCUCCAGUCAGUUCCAACACCUCAACCACCCCGAUGUCCAAGUUUGCUUUCAAGGUUGAAACCACUCCACCCACUGUGUUGGCUCUAUUCGCCACCACUGAGGUAUCCACCAGUUUACAAUCACCAUCUCCCCAUCCUACCUCCAUCUGUGUGACCACGACGCAGGUGGCCUUCUCUACAGCUCUUACACCCUCACUCCCGGUGACACAGAAGCCAGUGACCACCGUCACCAGGACUUAUAUGACCACUACUGAGAAAGGAACAUCAGCUGUGACAUCCUCUCACCACCACCGUAAGGAAACUCCCAUAGUGACAGUGACACCCUCUUCCUCUGUGUCAGCCACAGACACAACCUUCCACACUACGGUCUUCUACACCAGAAUCACAGAAAGGACUCUGCCCACUGGAAGUAUCCAUACGACCUCAUGUCCCCAGCACCAGUAUUUACUACUCAAAACAGCGGUGACUUCCACUUCCCACGUCACUUCUUCAAUCACUUCCACCAAUACAGUGACUUCUAUGACAACUACGACCUCUUGGCCCACAGCCACUAAUACGUUAUCAUCACUCACCAGUAGCAUUUUAUCUUCUCCACCUGUCCUACACAGAAAUGAUCACCAGUCAGUAACAUCAACACCAAUUCUCUAUCCACCUUGCCGACUUACAUUCCCCACCACCACCCCCGAUACCACCUCCCCAAGAGACCCUUCACCUCCAGCCAGCACCAGUACACACUCCACACAACAGCUGAAUCCACCUGUCACCCACUACCACCACCUCAUUCACAACUUCCACAACCAUGGAACUACCUUCAACCACUGUAGCAACUACAGUGACAGCACAGAAAUGAUCACCAGUCAUAACACCAACACACCUCUAUCCACCUUGCUGGACUACAUUCCCACCACCAUCCUUCGGCUUACCACCUCCCACAGUACCACCACACAGCUUCACUUCAUCAGGCACAUUUACCCACGACAUCCUUCGACAACACUAACAACUAUCACCCACUCCUUCUGUGGGGCUCUACUGGCUUCCUGA